UCCUUGCUCAACAAUUUUUACAGUGAAGAAUAAAAGAUACAACUUUUGAUUCUACCAACGUCCAAACUACUCCCUUGGUAUUUCUUAUUCCCCGACUGAUUCUUUUUUUCUGUUACUAUUUUAUUUUCGUUGAAAUUCAAAACAACUUUGCUGAGUGUAGAGUUUUUCAGCUACUUCUUGUUCCGUUACAUUGCAGAAUUUAAUUUAAUUUUCUUUUCUUUUUCCCUUAGGUUUUUAUCUUGAUAAAUUAUAAUUCAGUUGAUAAUAUAAUGAAUCAACCCAUGACCAAAAGGAGAAGAAGGAAUGAUCUUGAAAAGAGUGAAGACAAACUGAGUGAUUUGUCUGAUUCAAUUCUCAUUCACGUUUUGUCAUUUUUGAACACCAAAGAUUCUGUUCAAACUUGCAUUUUAUCUAAAAGAUGGAACCAUGUUUGGAAAUAUAUUCCCAUUCUUACAUUGCAUUGCUCACAUUUUUCUAAUUUGAAGAAAUUCGAUAUAUUCGUCUCUAGAAUUUUGUCUCUUCGUGAUAACUCAAUUGUACUGCAUGCUCUUGAUUUUGUCCGUAAUGGUCGCAUCCAGUCUCGCCUACUUAGAAGGGUUGCACACUAUGUUUUAUCUCAUAAUGUCAAGCUUCUUCGAUUACGAAUUGAUGUCAAAUGUGAUAUUGCUCACAUCCUGCCUUGCGUUUCUUCGUGUCAUACUUUAACAUCUCUUAAGCUCUCGGUUUCACCUAAAGGUUGUCAUAAUUAUGGGAGGACAUUGUUUCCUAAAUCUCUGAAUUUACCUGCGUUAACGAGUUUGCAUCUAGGAAAUUUUGCAUUUUGUGCUAGUGAUGAUGGCCGGAUUGAUCCUUUUUCAGUUUUUAGCAAGUUGAACGGUUUGAUCAUUGAUAAUUGUAUGGUGAAGGAUUCCGAAAUCUUGUGCAUAUCAAGUGAGACGCUAGUCAGUUUAACUAUGCGUACUCAUUCUUUCAACUAUUACCUAAUCAAGCUAUCUGCUCCAAGUCUUUCUUCAUUCGCUUUUACGGGUACUCCUUAUCAGAUGUUCUGUGGAAGCGGUCUUUCUUCUAUUAAACAAGUAAACAUUGAUGCCGAAAUGUUGGCAAAUUAUUGGAAGCCUCCUUUUAUUUUACUUAGCUGGCUGCUAGAACUCGCUAAUAUCAAAUCAUUGACGGUCUCUGCAAGUACUCUUCAGGUUCUCUCCUUUAUUCCUGAUUUUUUGAAGCUUAAGAUAUCUUCCCUGCAUAGCUUGAAGUCGGUGAAAAUAAAGCUGAAACCACUUUCAUAUGGAUUAUCCUUGGCAUUGAAAAUUUUUAAGUUAGAAAAAUCAUUAAAAGCAGGAUUUGAACCAUCUUCACCCAUUCCUGUUGGAGUACUGAACUUUUUGCUCCAGAACUCGCCCUCGGCAGAUGUUGACAUCAUAGACUGCUCAAGGUUUGACGACUUCUUCGACCAUCUACCUCCGAUCUCAUCUUCACUUUUUACUCAAUUCCUUCAGCCUUCUUCGCAAGAGAAUGCUAUGGAUGAUCUUCACCAACGGAUCCAAUAUCUACAGAAAGUGGUACAGCAGACAAAAAGGUAUCUUCAUCUAGCAGAGAUUAAGGACAGGGAUGAGAUGUUGGCCCUCAAAGAUCAUACAAUGAUGUUGUCAAAGACCAUGGACGCCAUAGAGCAACAGAGGAAUGAGGCCAUGAGGCUACUAUAGUGUCGAGACCUAUGAAGCAUGUACAUCUUUAGGAGUUUAGGAGUAGGUGUGUUGCGGUGUCCGACACGUGUCAGUGAUGUUAUCGUGACAGUUUGAUACCUCCCAUUAGUCAUAGUUUGUGUGUGUAUAUUUUUUGAUGCUCACACACAUUUUGGUAUGUACUAUACUUAAAUUCUUUUGGUCUUAUUCAUUCAAUAAUGGAAAAUAACAUAAUCCAUAGUGUAAUAGCAUC